AUGGCCGGUCCCAGCAAGUCUUUGAUCCUUGAUCCGGCCCUCCAGAAAUACUACGAACUCAACGCCAACCGCUACAAGUACUUCCGGUGGACGCCGCGCCAUGCCUGGUUCUCGUUCCUCUAUAUGGCGCUGAUUCCUGGUGCGCUGGGCUAUGUCGCUUAUAAGACUGAUGGUCUGUACCAGCUGCGUGGAAAGCGCAGGGGCGAUACGAUUGUCGAGUGGUAG